GCCGUCCUCCGCUCCAUCCGACCCUCUAACCGAAACUCCUGCUUUUCGUUCCUUACCUUUCCUCCAGCUUCGCAUUCCUCUUGCUUUCCUCCAGAUACCACCUAACGACAGCAUAUCAUACCAUAUCCCACCAUACUUUGAUACCAUUCCUGACGGCUUGCCCGCCAGCCGCAGUUCACUAGCACCCCAACAUGAAGUCAUUCUCUCUCCAGGAGAAAGUCCUGCCCCAGCCUUCUUCAUUCUCGAAGAAGAAGCACUAUGAGAUUCAUGACACUCUUGGUACAGGGAGUUUUGGAAAGGUUAUGAAAGCGACUUGGCAUGUCCCUGCGGGUCAGGAGCGGAUUGCCCGAAGGGGUGCUGCCGCAGAGGCAGACGCCCUUUCUAUCUCAACGAAUGGUGGCUCCUCCCCGCAACCGGCCUCCCGGACACUCAGUCACAAGAGCGGCUCUACCGCAAAGUCUUCCUUCCUAUCGAUAGGCUCGCACCGCAGUCAUACGCAAGACAGCGGUCUAACCGUCGAGGUCGCUCUGAAAGUCAUUCCCAAGAAGAAAGUGAAAGGCAAUGAAGACAGUGUCUGGGGAGAGAUGGACGUUCUCAAGGGUUUGGACCACAAAAACAUCGUCAAGUUCUACGAAUGGUUUGAAUCACGAACCAAAUACUACCUCUCAUUUGAGCUCGCCAUGGGAGGAGAGCUCUUUGAACGUAUCACGCAGAAGGGCAAGUUUACAGAAUCAGAUGCAGUGAGCGUCGUGCGGUCCAUCUUAUCGGGUGUUUCGUACCUCCACCACCAUGAUAUCGUUCAUCGUGACCUGAAGCCGGAAAACAUCCUUUACCGCACCAGGGACCCUGAUUCUGAUAUCGUCAUUGCUGAUUUCGGCAUCGCAAAGCAUUUGCAUGAUCCAGAGGAACAGCUACACUCGUUAGCUGGAAGCUUUGGGUAUGUCGCGCCCGAAGUGCUAAACAACCAGGGCCACGGAAAGGCCGUUGAUUUGUGGUCGACUGGCAUCAUCACCUACGUGUUGCUCUGUGGAUAUUCACCUUUCCGAUCGGACGACGUGAAGGAAUUGAUACGAGAGACGACAGCCGCCAAACUGGAAUUCCACGAGCGAUACUGGAAGAACAUCUCCAAGGAAGCGAAGGACUUCAUUUUAUCUCUGGUUGUUGCCGACCCUCUGAAGCGGCUAACCGCAGAUGAAGCCCUCCAACAUCCGUGGUUGACAAGCCACGUGCCAUCCACAGAACACGAUCUCACUGGCCUUCGGGAACACUUCAACCCACGCGCCCGCUGGAAAGUCGCUAUUGCAGGAGCGCGGGCGCUCCACCGCUUCGGUUCGCAUGCCUCUCACACAAGCACGAGUAGCAAGAGCAGCGGCGGCUGGCGGACAAUGGUGGACUCCGACGAAGAUGACGACGACCAACAGCAACAGCUCGAUCCCGAGUCUGUGCCUGGCAGCGCCAUCGGGCAGGCGGACCUACCGGGCAAGAACGACUUUGUGAAGGUCACCCCGUCAGACACACCACGGCCAAAACAAUCGCCACUACCGGACGUCCACGCUGAAGAUUAUGUAACGCUCCCAGAUCGCAAGUCGCCAGUGCCUCCGCCCGAUGACGCAACCACGCCUGCGGACAAGACGAGCGCACACGACUUGAAGCAUGAAAAGGACCACCACGAGCCGCUCGAACAGAAGGUCCCGAAGGAGCUUCAUGAGCUGCACAAGGAGAGUCAGCAGACAAACGGUCGGGCGCACAAUGAUCACGGACAUGGCCAUGGCGAUCAUGAUCACGACCCUGACGAUGAAUAUCUCAAUAUGCCCGGGUCGUUCUAUGUCAAGCCCAAUGCACGCGAAGCUCAUGGGCAACAUCACGGAUUUGCGAACCUGCUUCGCAAAUUGCGGCUCAAGUCUGAUUAAAUUAUUACCUAUCUUCCUCUUUUCCUAUUGACUGGAUGUUUGAGUAGUUCUCAGAUCUAGGUUAUCUACGCCCCGUAUCAUGAGCCCCGUUGCAUGCACUCUUGGAUGCGUAUAUGUCUAACAUGCCGGCUUCACUAUGUUCCUUGCUACCCGCUUACACUGCUACCCAUCCGCGACAGCUCGCCGUUCCACAUCUGCACUCCUUCGCACCUGGUUGCUGUCGCUUCUUCCCCUUCUUAUCACGCGCCGCCUUCGGGUCGUAGUCCACUGUGAGCUCUUUACCC